AUGAUACGCCGUGUCGUGCGCUCAUGGGCGCGACCGACGGCUUUAGCCAUGGGAAAGCUCAACAGCUUGUCCAUUGACGCCCUGGCAUCGCAUCUAUCGCGCGCCUCGAUAGCACAGGGUGCGCCGCGGGACAUAUGCCACCGAUGCUGGCAGAGGCGCGCCGCCUCGACGGGGUCGUCGGCGUCGUCGCGGUGGAAGCAGAGGCAGGGCAAGGACUUCUUCGCGCGCGAGGCCAAGGUGCAGGGCUUGAAAAGCAGGGCGGCGUUCAAGCUGCUCGAGAUCGACGCAAAGUACAGAAUCUUCAAGCGCGGCCAGUCCGUCGUUGAUCUCGUACGUCCCUUCUCUCUUCUUCCCCUGUACCCAGCCCAUUGCAUCCUCUCACCUGAUAUCUCUUUCCUUCUUUUCGUCCCAUAUCUGAUCGCUCACUCGCUGGGACAGGGUUACGCCCCAGGCUCCUGGUCCCAGGUCGCCGCCGAGCGCACCAAGCCGACGGGCCGCAUCCUGGGCAUCGACCUGAUCCCGGCGCAGCCCCCGCGCGGCGUGUCCACCAUCCAGGGCGACUUCCUCUCGCCGCACGUGCAGCACCUCGUCAAGCAGUUCCUGGCCGACGACGAGGUGCGCCGGAAGCGGCACCGCGCCGAGGAGGCGGCGGUAUUUGAGGCCAGCAGCGAAGAGGGUCCCGAUAAUGAUUCCGGGGCAGUAGUUGAGGAACGUCCCAGCUACAUCGACCUCGAGAGGCAUGCUGCGCAAGAGGAGAGGGAGGCCGAGGCCGAGGUGGAAGGCACCGCGGAGGCCGAGGGCAGCAGCAAGGGCCAGGACAAGGCCGGGAGGCUGGUAGAUGUCAGUAAUCCGCCCCUCUUCUUCUUCUUUCUGCUUUCUCAACUGCGUCCUGAGCGACAUGUCAGCACCCUGGCCCCAGACGACCGGCUUCUCAGUGAACACGUUGACCAACCCGUACGCCAGGAUGAUGAACACGAGCGGCAUGCCCUUCCGCGACCACGCCGGCAGCAUGGUGAGCCACCCUCCCUCUCUCUCUCCACCCUAUCCAUCCCACAUGUCAAAGAGGCCUUCAGACCCCCCCUGUCGUCCGAGAAUGAAGCUCAUGACGUCUACUGCGCACCCCCCACCCGACAGGACCUCUGCACAGCCGCCCUGUCCUUCGCCAACGACACCCUCCGCGCCGGCGGCCACUUCGUCUGCAAGUUCUACCAGGGCGCCGAGGACAAGACGCUCGAGCGGCGCCUGCGCAAGCUCUUUGCCAAGGUGCACCGCGAGAAGCCCGACUCGUCUCGGAGUGAAUCCAAAGAGGCCUUCUUCGUCGCGCUCAGGAGAAAAGGAGAUGUCGUCCUCGGUGUCGAGGAUCUAGAGCCGCCUAUAUAA